GUGCGCAAUGCAUAACCUGUCGCACGUUAGCGUAUUUCCCCGUGUCUCUGGGUCUUUCCAUUGGGUCUCUUUAUCCCCGAUAACCUAAACUCACAAUUUCCCUUUCCCUUGGUCGCCGUCUCUUUGCCAUAUAGAUCUAAGGGAUUGCUUUUUCUGUCUCUUCGCGUUUGGGUUCGUCUCGGUUUCUUUCGAGGUCUGCGUCUGGUUUCGCGGUAAAGAAUCGCUCAAUUUCAAUCCGAUUUCAUCGAAUUUGGAGAAAAUUUGAGGCAUCCAGUAGUUGUAAGGAGCAACUCUGCAUUGAUUGCAGUGGAGAUAAUAAACUGCAAUGCGGGGAUAUGAAAGAGAUGAGGUUGAAGAUUAUGAUGAAUAUGAGGAGGAAGGAUAUGAAGAAGAGGAAGAAGGCGAGGAGGAGGGGGAAUAUGAGGAGGAAAAAGAGCGAAAGCCAAGUGCAGAGGAACUUGAAUAUCUUGAAUUAAGAGCACGAAUUAAAGAGAAAAUUAGGAAGAAAAUGCAAAGGGAAAGUGGUUCUUCUGUUUCCAAAUCCCAUGAGAUAAAGAAAAAACUUCCUUCCGAUAAUUAUGGGUCAUUCUUUGGUCCUUCACAGCCAGUUAUUGCCCAAAGAGUAAUUCAAGAAAGCAAGUCAUUACUAGAAAACCCACAUUUGGCUUUCAAAGUUUCAAAUUCCCAUCAUGACAAAAGGACUUCUUCCUCAACUGGCACAGGUUCAAAGAAUGGAGUUCAUCAACCACUACCCAAAGUCAGAAAUGAGCUAAAAACAAAGGUGCAGAAACUUAAGGAUACAAGAGAUUACUCCUUUCUGUUGUCUGAUGAUGCAGAACUUCCAGCUCCUCCUAGACAGUCUGUGCCUCAGACAGUCACUGCUCCAAAAUCUGAGGCACGAUCUGCACAAGUGCCACAAAAGUAUAAACAGCCAUCAGGCAGUAGUGUCAGAGAUAUUCGUGGUGGUGGUCGUGAAGAAAGGAAACCAAUUCCUAUGAAUGGCCAGAUGCAUUCUAAAUCAGGGUUGCACAAGUCAACUUCUACCAGCAAACCCACUUCAACACCAAUGGACUCGAGAAGGCAGCUUGGUAGCAACAAUGGGUCUGGUCCUGGCCGGCCUACAGGGCCAAAAGGCUUACCUUCAAAGAUGCCUCUUAGCACUGUGGAGAAGAAGUCCUUUGCACCAGGUGCAAAAACAAUCCUUCCUGGUGCACACAAACCUCUCCCUCCAAAAAUGCAGUCAUCUGUUCCAAGGCAAAAAGUUGAACAGAAAAGGGCAUUACCAGAACCAAAGAAAAGUGUAAUUAUGCCAAAUAAGCGAGUGGCUUCUUCAAAACCUCAGAUAAAUAAGCCAGACAAGCAAAUGUCAUCCCGUACAUCAUUGCAAAAUAACCGUCCCAAGAAAAAGCCUGCCAGACCGUUCUCUGAUGUUGAAGAUGAUGAUGAUGAUGUUAAGGCUCUUCACAUGAUCAGGCAAAUGUUCAAUACAAAAAGGUACGCUGAUCGUUAUGAUGACGAUGAUGAUGAUGAUGAUAGUAUGAUGGAAGCAAACUUUGAUGAUAUCAUGAGGGAAGAGAGAAGAAGUGCAAAAAUUGCAAAGAAGGAGGAUGAGGAGCAACUUCGCCUGAUAGAGGAAGAGGAAAGGCGUGAGCGGCAGAGAAGGUUGGUGAAGAAGCGUAAGCUGAGCCAACAUUGACCGAGUGAGCAUACUAGCUGGGGUUGUCGUUGUGCUUUAAGCUUUUGAAGAAUGGGACUUGGAAUUGUAGGAAUGUAGUAUUUGCCAGUUUUAGAUGCAAUUUAAUUAUAGUGAAGGUAUUUUUGGCAGUUGCAUUUCGACUUGGGAAUAAUAUUGCAGUGUACUUAUUCCUGGCCAAUUUAUUUGUAUCAUUCUCGCCCAAUGAAAAUGUUAUCUUAUCUUUCA